AGCGCGACCAUCUGUUCUUUGUCUCGCCUCCGGUAUCCAUCAACGCCGGCGUCUCACUGCUUCAACCCGCAGGGUUUUGUCUUGGAAAAUAAAGGAGUUGCCUUUAUUGCAUCUUGCUAGUUCAGACUUGAGUAGAAAAUGAGCUCUGCAACUUUCAAUUCUAUAUUUUUCAAUCAAGGAUGUUUGUGGAAGCAAGAAGUGAAGAUAUCAAAAAUCAAGCACCAAAAUGAGAAAUCAAGGCUUUAUGUUGGAGGAACUGGAGCAUUGUCAGUAAAAUGUUCUCAAGCUACUGAUGGUAAAGCUUCAAAACGUGAAAAGGAAGUUCGCAUUGGUCUUCUUGGUGCCAGUGGUUACACUGGUGCAGAGAUUGUUCGCCUUCUGGCAAACCAUCCAUAUUUCGGCAUCACAUUAAUGACUGCUGACAGAAAAGCUGGUCAAUCAAUGGGAUCUGUGUUUCCUCAUUUAAUAACACAAGAUCUACCAACUAUGGUUUCCAUUAGGGAUGCUGAUUUUUCUAAUGUAGAUGCUGUAUUUUGUUGUUUGCCUCAUGGAACCACUCAGGAAAUCAUCAAAGGCCUCCCUAGGAAUUUAAAGAUUGUUGAUCUUUCUGCGGAUUUCCGGCUGCAAGACAUUGCUGUCUAUGAAGAAUGGUAUGGUCAGCCUCAUAGUGCACCAGAUUUGCAGAAAGAAGCUGUAUAUGGUUUGACUGAGAUUUUGAGGGAGGAAGUGAAAAAUGCACGCCUAGUUGCUAAUCCUGGUUGUUAUCCAACAUCAAUUCAGCUUCCCCUUGUUCCCUUGAUAAAGGCUAAUCUCAUCGAGCACAGAAAUAUCAUUAUUGACUCAAAAUCUGGUGUGAGUGGAGCAGGACGUGGAGCCAAGGAGGCAAAUCUGUACUCUGAAAUAGCUGAAGGCAUAUACUCAUAUGGUGUUACAAGGCAUCGCCAUGUUCCAGAAAUUGAACAAGGACUGUCUGAUGCUGCACAUUCGAAAAUAACUGUCAGUUUUACACCACACCUAAUGCCAAUGAGCCGUGGAAUGCAGUCAACUAUAUAUGUAGAAAUGUCUCCAGGAGUGACAGUUGAGGAUUUAUACCAGCAAUUAAGAAUAACUUAUGAGGAAGAAGAAUUUGUGAAGUUGUUGGAGAAGGGCGUUGUUCCCCGCACUCAUAAUGUUCGAGGUUCUAACUAUUGCUUUAUUAAUGUUUUUCCUGAUCGGAUACCUGGAAGAGCAAUAAUCAUAUCAGUCAUUGACAAUGUCGUGAAAGGAGCUUCAGGUCAAGCAUUACAAAAUCUUAAUAUAAUGCUGGGAUACCCAGAAAACACAGGGCUUCUCUACCAGCCGUUGUUUCCAUGACAUAUUCCUCCAUUCCUAAGUCCCAUUCCUAAAAUGCAUAAUUGCCGAGUGGAAGAAAGGAUAUUCCCAAAAACUUGUUAUUUGAUUUUUAGUUGCCGGAGGAGGUGAACUGUGGGAAACUGAUCAUGAGUUGAAGCAUGGAGGGGAAUCCAUCCGUUUAUAUUGUGCCAUAGAAAUAUAUGAUAUUGAGUCAUAUGACAUUAUAUAUUUAUGCUGGCCCAAUUUUAUUUUCCUUUUUUGACUCUAAUAAUUGUGUUUCAAUUAGAAUCCAAUCUUCCAGAAGCUUAAGUAUUGUGUUGUUGCGGAGAAAUUGUGUUUCUAUUCUUGUUUACAGUAUUUUGAAACACUGAAAAUUGGAAACCUUUUAGCUGUUUUGCCAUCUUGUUUGGUCCAGUUUCUUAGUUGCAGCAGUAGUUGAAGGUUUUUCAUUUUUCUCUCUUUUUUGGGGGAGUGGGGGUGGGCUGGUUGGUGUGGGGCAACAGCAAUAGUUGAAGCUUGGUCGUAGUUUUUCUGAAAGCAAAUUUUAGUUUUUGGACUCUAGAGGUUAAUAAUGUUACAAAUUUAUAAUUUUUGGGAAGAGAUUUUACUAUAAUUGUUUUAAAUGAUUUUAUGGUUCAAUUCCUAAGAAAAACCUCUUACAAUGGUACCAUUAUAAAAGCCAUGAUCGGACUAUAUUUAUUUAUUUUAUAUUUUCAAUUUGACUGAAGACAGAUUAAAACAAAGGAGAAAAAGAAUGUUUUGAUUAUGAGUUUGAGGAUUUGUAAUACGGCAAAACAAGGACAAUCAGACGAAAAAGCUCCUCUGAUGGUUAAUGUUGUACAGAACAAAACAUUUUUGUUUUA